CUAGAGUAGCCAUGAGGCUCAUCGUCGUCCAGAGCCAUAUGACCAAAUUAUUAAUAAAGUGUUCAUGUACCAAUGCAGUUCUCUGCUGUGCUGAAGUCAUGCCAGCGAAAAAGUUAAGGAAACCUUUCUAUGAGUAACAACACAUGCGUUAGCACAAAUUCGCGAGUAUUAUUGUCGGAUAAAAUAUACGUGGUAUGUCACCGUAUGUGGUAUGGCGCUAUCGGCUGAUAAGAUUAGCGCUCAGUAUUAAGGUACGAAUACCGUAAGUCUAUUUCUACUGCACGCAUUUUCUUGUUAGACGUUACAGAAAUAGUGGUACGAGUACUGUAAUCAGCUGAACUCUUGCUACAUUAGGAACAAUUGUAUAACAUGCUCAAUUGAAAGGUUUUUGGUAACAUCACAACGCACGAGUUGUUGCAUUUACAAAUAAUGGAUCGGCCACAAUGGGAACAACUAAUCCCUCAUUAUUCCUUAACCAUCCCCAACCCGAUCAGACUGAAUAAUUUAUCGGCGCAGGCGAAAGCCAAGUUCUACCGGGCGUAUUUUGGCGAAGUAGACUUCCUGUUGAAGGAACUGCAAUACGAAAAUAAUAAUAACGAUUUUGAUGCCACGGUUCGAGAGAAAAUCGAGACACUAAGGAAUCUUAAUCACUCAAAUAUGACGAAAUAUUUUGGAUUGGCAAUGCGGCAGAUUGCUGUUAACAGCUUGAUUCUCUACCGUGUUUCAACUGAAUACCAUACAGGUGGAGAUCUGAGUGAGUGGGUGCAAAGAAGACUAGCUGAUCCGAAUCAACAAACAGAAACCACCCUGUUUACUCCACAUGCUACCGUUCAAAAAUUUCUUCGGGAUCUAUUGGCUGGUCUCUGCUACAUCCACUCUUUCGGAAUAAUUCACUGCGACAUCAAACCGGAAAACCUUCUUCUGAGACAGUGCAGACGGCACUCUCUUGUGAUCGUCGACUUCGAAGGUUCGGCAAUGAAUGGUGAGCUGCAAGGCAGAGUACAGAGUGUGGAUUUUACGGCGCGAUAUGCUGCUCCCGAGUUGUUGCUGUGUACGGCAAUGCUCGGAAACGACUGUGAGUCAGGGAUAACAAUAUCUGACAAAACCGAUAUUUGGAGUGUGGGUUGUGUAGCUAUACAGUUAUGCACAGGAGCGCAUCCAAUAAUACGGAAAUGGAAAGAGCCGAUUGGUGCACUGGAGGACUGGGAAGGAUCGUACGGAGAGCAGACUUUCACCCAGCGUCAGCAAAUAAUGUAUCAAGUUGCAGAGCAUCAAGCCCGACCAAAGAUACCAGAUCUGGGAAACACGACGGCGGACGCGCUGCUGAUAAGUUUUAUGAAAUCUUGUCUCCAGUUUACCAUGGAACAUCGCAGAACUGCAGUCCAGUUACUCAGUGACCGGCAUGGCUAUCUGUGUUUAGAACAGGAGUUGACUGCAUGACCUUGGAGAAUCAGUGUUGUGAUAAUUAUUAUAACAUACGUAGUAACCACAAGAACGAGAAAUCCACGAAGAGCUAAAAAAAUACUUUUGACAACUGCAGCUGAAUUUUUUCUGAUUGAAGAGUUUACCCGUAAAUCCAUUGCUUACACGUGAAUCUGACGACCGAAAAUGUAACCACAGAAGCCCUAUCUCGACCUAUGUAAAUAUGUU